UCGGAGCUGGAUACCAAAAACACAAAAAAUCGAGAAAAUAUAUAUACAAACAGUAGUCCUUGAAAUUUAGACGGUCAGUCAGUUUGGUUUGUUCGGUGCUCGAAAUCAUAGAUCAAAAAGCAACGUAGAGGUUCAGUAACAACAUUGAAAAUAAAAUUUCUAAAAACAAAAAAAAAAACAAAGCUAAAUUCUUGUCGUUUUAAUAAAUUUUUUGGUAAACCAUUAAAGUAAAUUAUAAUUAUGUCGAAGGCAACGAAGCUGCGUUUUGCGCUGAUCACCGAGGAUGUUUUGGACAAACUUAGGCCCAGAUCUCAGUCGGAAAACACUAGAUCGAAGAACAUGGAUGAGAUAUAUGCGGCCAUAAGGACGACGGUCAUUGAAGUUGUGGAUCAAAAGUUUGAGCAACUGAACACCACUAUCAAUCAGCUGGUUGAGGAUAGGAUAGCCAAGAUAUUGGAUCAGCAGAAUGCAGGCAAAUUAGUCUCGGACUGGAAAAGGGAUUCCAAGGAGAAGGUUGACAAAGCCUUUAAAGUGGCAGCCCAGUCGGUCGAAUCGGCCAGUUCCCUAAAGAAACGAAGCCCGAAAUAUCAUCGUCUGUCCAAAAAGAGCCCUUCAUGGCAGGAGGAGCAGUUGCCCUCCAGUCCAGAGGAUCAGUUACCCAAGAGAACCCGGACCAAGGCCCAGAAAAUCACCGUAAUGCCCAUCCAUCGGAAUGCCCAUGUGCGCAGUAAUAUCCGUACUCCCUUGAACAAUCCAACUUCGCCACCACCACCUCCCACACCACUCAGCAUGGAUCGCAAUGACCUCGAUGAUGAUGAGGAUGGUGAGGACUUUCUGGAUGGCCAGGACCCCUCCAUUUUGACCAUCGCCGCUCAAUAUCUCAAGAAACUCGAGGAUGCCCGAAAUCGCAAAAACCAACAGCAUCAGCAUCAGCAUCAGCAAUUACCCUAGAAAUGGUUAAAGUCCAGCAAACUGAAGCCCACAUAUAACUUAGUCUUUAAAUAAGCUACAAUCCCCCGAUUUCCAUUUGGGCAGUGCAUAAAUAGUCGGGCAUGGCGCAAUUUAAAUGAAGUGACUUACCAGGCGGGGCUCAUAGACGGAUAAACAUUCACUCUUGAAUCUUCCAGUUAGUCUUCAAAAAUUAG